AUGUGCAUAUUUGAGCGUGCAAGUCUAGACAGGAUUGCCAAAAGACUCAUUCGGUAUGGGUCGGUUAUGGUCUGGGGAGGCAUAUCUCUGGAGGAUCACACAGACCUUCAUGUGCUUAAUCAAGGUACCCUGACAGCUGUUAGGUAUAGAGAUGAAAUCCUCAAACCCAUUGUUCGACCCUACGCCGGUGCAGUGGGCCCCGGAUUUCUUCUGGUACAGGACAAUACCCGACCUCAUGUGGCCAGAGUGUGCCGCCAGUUUCUGGAGGAAGAGGGCAACAGUGCUGUGGACUGGCCCUCACGUUCUCCGGACCUGAACCCCAUUGGGCACCUCUGGGACAUUAUGUAUCUACCCGCACCAGAGACUGUUCAGGAGCUUACCAAUGUGCUGAUCCAGGUCUGGCAGGAGAUCCCCCAGGACGCCAUCCGCCGCCUCAUCAGGAACAUGUCACGACGUUGCCGAGAGUGCACACAGCUGCAGCAGAAUCACACCUGGGGUCAGAACACACCCCACCCCCUGACCACAUCCCUUCACACGUGGGGGAAGUCCUCAGUCGGGAGGAUAUAUAAAAGGCAGAAACACGUCCCAUGCCACUGUCGCCUGUCUCAAGAGGCCGAACAGAGACGUCCUUUGCCCAUCAUGUCCCUCUUAGCAACAAGUAUAGCCUGGGUUUUUGCCAUUUCCGUCGUCCCUCUGGCAGCUGGAGAUGCAACCAGCAACGUAAAUACGACCCACAUACCUUAUAUUCCCGACGGACCUGAAUUUCCCUUAAGAACAAGUGAUUUUGAAUCCCUCGCUUCCUUGACGAUUGGAGAAGAUGGGAGGGUGUUUGUGCCUCGCGCGAAGGAUCAACUCCAGCGUCUUCUGCCGGUAGCUAGGAAUUCAUGUCCAAGUAAUGAUGUACCAGCCAUGUGUGGUACGUAUCAGCUGCAGCUAGGCCAGUCACUCACCGUAGCUACGCCUUAUUAUCCGAAUGUUUAUCCGAACAGAUUCGUUUGUUCGUGGACUUUCAAGGCAUCGAGUGGCAAUGAGAUCGCCUUCUCCUGCAGUGACUUCAGGCUUGACACAAUAGCCAAGGACUUCCUCAGCGUGGCAUACGUCGUGGGCCAAACUGCCCGAAGAUUUAGGAAAGCCAACAGCCCUCGGGUAACAACAACGGGCGGCCGACUCAAACUGAUCUUCAAGUCAAACAAGAGAAGGACAGCGAGAGGGUUUAAAUGCCUUGUUUCCGAUCUCGGCGAACCAACAACUACGACCACCACAACUACCACAUCAACCACAACUGCCACAACUACGACUACUGCGACUACACCAAGUACUACAACAACAACUACAACUACAACAACUACCACAACCGAAGCGCCGUUGCCUCUUUCCCAUGCGUCGUGUGGUGUUAUGAAUGCAAGGGUUGUUAACGGUAUACAAACAACUCCUAAUGAAUACCCUUGGAUGGUCUGGUUGACACUGUCCUGGAGCAACGGGGCGACGAGGAGGUGCGGUGGAACAAUCAUUCAUGAACAAUGGAUUCUUACGGCUGCGCAUUGUCCGUACAGACUGAACAACGCCCAAACCGGCCUCUAUCUACCCAGUCGCAUCACUGUAACCGUCGGCGCCCAUCUCUACGCCAGGCCCGGUGAUCACGGCGGUUUCAAUGUGGAUGUGGAUGUUAAUAAUAUCCACAUGCAUCCACAAUAUCGGUUGCCUUAUGAUAUCGCCUUGUUGAAGUUAGCUUCUCCCUUGACCUUUUCGGCGACGGUCAAGCCAGUCUGUCUGGCACCCCGAGCUUGGGUCACCGAUGACAUGGCCGGCAAAGAGGUCACUCUGUCAGGCUGGGGCAAAACCGAGUCAGGCGGACUCUCAACCUACUUAAGAGAAUACAAUACCGUGGGUUAUAGUUUUCCUGACUGCGUUAAUUUCUACGGAACGUGGAUGAGGCCGACGCAGAUGUGCACAGACGGGACGCAGAGGAAACAUACGUGUGCUGGCGACUCCGGCGGACCGGUGAUGCGGAUAGAAAACGGGAAAGCAUUCCAGGUGGGAGUCAUCAGCUUCGGAGCGUCCACUGAUUGUAAGGAUCAAAGUCCCGAUGGUCAAGUACGAGUUGCCGCCUUUAUCGACUGGUUCGAAUCUAUUACCGGACUCACAUUCUCGAUUUAAGGAAGAAAAUGGUUACCGCCGGUACAAAAUAAAUUAUUUAUAUAUUUAUUUAUUUUCUUUAUUCAUAGGAGUUCAUUUUUAGUCAGAUUCUUGGCGUAGAGAUGAAAACUACGUGUUCAUAUUGUUGUUAUUUUAUCCAAAUUACGGUGGCUUUGCAUUUGGCAUAUUAUACAUGAAUAAAUUUCCAGUUGAGA